AUGGCCACGACAGCAAAAUUCUGGAACAAGCUCAGCGCAGCCCAGGCGCUCAAGACCGUCCCUCGCGUCGUCAGCUCGGGCCAGGGAGCUCACCUUGAGAUCGAGGGCAAGUCGUAUCUCAACUUCUGCUCGUCCCACUACUUGGGAUUUGCGGAAGAGCCGCGGCUCAAACAGGCAGCGCAGGCCGCGAUCGAGAAGUACGGCAUGGGGACCGGCUAUCGUACUCUGGCGGGCACCCACGCCCUCCACGUCGAGCUCGAGCGAGAGAUUGCACACUUCAAAGGCACCGAGGCUGCGGUGUGCUUCAGCAGCGCCUACGCAGCCAACGCGUCCGCGGUGCAGACGAUCAUGGACAAGGAUGACAUCGUGGUAAGCGAUCAACUGAACCACGCGUCGAUCAUCGACGCCGUGCGGGUGGCCGGGGUGCGCAACAAGUUUGCUUACGCGCACUCCGACAUGAGCGACCUAGAGUCAAAGCUCGCCGCGGCGUCGGAGCUCCAAAAGAAGCCCAAGCCCAACGGAGAGCACCCUCUCAUAUUGAUCAUCACAGACGGCGUGUUUUCGAUGGAUGGAGAUCUGGCCCCACUGCCGAAGAUAGUUGAGCUGGCCAAAAAGUACGAUGCGCUGACGAUGGUGGACGACGCACACGGGGAAGGAGUGCUUGGCAAGGGCGGGCGGGGUCUCGUGAACCACUUUGGGCUCGAGGGCGAGGUGGACAUCGAGAUUGGUAGUCUGUCGAAGGCCUUCUCCGUCAUGGGCGGCUUCAUCGCCGCCAAGCAGCCGCUGAUCGAUUGCUACCUGAUGGGAGCUCGGCAACGGCUGUUCUCCAUUGCGCUGACCAUCCCGGACACCGCCGCGCUGCUGGAAGCUGUCACUAUGUUGGGCGAGUCCGAGCACCUGGUGCAGAAGCUCUGGGGGAAUGUGGACUACCUGCGUAAGGGGUUCACCGACCUCGGCUUCGACAUUGGCCACUCCGAGACGCCCAUCAUCCCCGUCAUGCUCCGCGAUGAGGAUCUGGCGAGGUCUUUCAGCGCGAAGCUAUUUGAGGAGGGCGUGUUCGCCUCCGCGAUCUGCUUCCCGAUGGUUCCCAAGGGCACGGCUAGGGUGCGCGUCAUAGUCUCGGCGAGCUUCAGCAAGGAGGAUUGUGAUGCUGGCCUGGCAGCAUUCAAAAAGGUGAGCCAGGAGCUGUCGGGUUGA